UGCAGAUUGACUCCGAUGAACCAGAUUCAGUGUACGUGUCGCAUGCAAGCUUUCUGCCCAUGUGCACAGCUGAAAAACGAGCCUCCCUGCAUGCUACAGAUGCUUCGGAUGAAACACUGGAGGACUAGUUUUCUAUUUCAAGAUUGCGCUGAGCAGGAAGAGCCAACUUGAGCACGCUCGCUUUAGGAUGUGAUGAACGGAGCAGCUCUUAGUUGUGGCGAGAGGCUCAAGCGUAUUCGUCAACAAUGGAUCCUUCGGCAGACGAUUUUGCAGGCGCAGAUGUUGACACGGAGAUGACAGUAUUGCAACCUGAAGAUGUCACCCAGCAAAACCUUGAGGCCAGCGAUGAAGUGGAGAGCCUCCGAAACAGUUUGCGCGAGGCCGUCCGUGAUGACAACGUGCGACCAAAGAUGCAGUGUUUGAUGAUGGACACCUCCUUCUCUAUGGUGACUGUGCAAGGUGAGGACAGUGGGAUUGCCUGGGAGACGACCCCUGGCCAAUGCCCCACGCCCCGCGUGUCCGAAGCUGGAAGCUCCACCGUGGAGCUCGCCUCCCCUGUUCCUACAACACCUGUCGCAGCUGGGUCUCAUCCGGCUGGGAAAAUUAUCUUUGUCAUGGACGAGGAGCUGAUUGCAAGACAGAAGAAAAGUAAAGAGAGGGUAAGCAGUCAGAAGAGCAAGGUGGAGACCCUGCAGUUCCUUGGACGAAGCUCGGAGAACAUUUCAGGAAGGCCAGAGUGGGUGGGAGUCUCGCAACCAAAUGUGAAACCCGAAGGAGACGGAGAUGAAGAGGAACCAGCUGACCCUCUGGUAGAUAAAGAACAAAGGCUAUUUAGCAUAGUGUCCGAAGGAUUUGAAAUCCUCAACAUUGUUGUUCCUCCUAAACUGGCGACAGUCGACGAAGAGGAGAGCAAAGAAAUGCUGGACAACUUGUCCUAUUUGGAAGAGACCCCCAUUCCCAAAGCCAGUGACGAAACCAUGGAUAACGAUCCUUUGGUCUCAACAAACGCUACAAGAGGCCACCAGGUCAAUCCCUCACCUCUAAUCGCUCCACGCGCCAUGGAUCCACCAGGUGCUCCAGUCGCCAGACCUCCAGGCAGAGGAGCAGCUAGACCGGUGGACUACUUUGAGGCGUUCACCCUGAUCGAUGCUCAAGCACCAGGAGGUCCUGCCGUGAUCGCACAGGGGCAAGUUGAACCCGAGGCGGAGGAUACGAGCGAAAUCCAGCACGCGGAGGCACCUGUGCAGCCUAAAGACGCAAGCUCCACCACGAGAACACCUGUAGAGAAUGAAAAUUCAGACACCGUCAGCCUUGAGGGAAUCACCAGUGAGCUUCUAGAUGACGUCUUCUACGGAGGUACCCACGACUACUCUGAGAAGGGUCCGGACGAGGGUGGAAUGGCCAAAGACGUCCACCCUAGGCUCCCUUCAAAACCAAGUGGUUCAACUUUAUUUGGAAGCCAAGAGGACAUCCUGACUCCAAUCUAUCUUCCUGAAGGUCCACCCAAGAUUAUUGACCCAAUUUUGCUGGAAGAGCCCAAAGCCAUGGCCUUCCUGUACACCGACUUGUACGAGGAAGCACUUGGCAGCAGGAAAAAGGAAGAAGAUACAGAAAGUCUGACCUCUGAGAAGUCUUUCCACAGCAGGCACUCCGACCGGGAAGCCAGGGGAUACUUGGAGAAGUUUGUCCUGAUAGAUGAGACUCCCGCAUUGCAAACAGAGGCAUCUGCUAGAGAAAAAUGCCCAGAGGAAGGUCUGAGAGUACUGACCCAGGAUUUGUAUGAGUUCGGUGAUUUCAUUUCCAAACCUGAACCUGAUGAGGUGCCAAAAUCAGAGGAAGAAUUCACAGACUUUUUCCGGUCCAGUGCCAAUUCCUCUCCGUGUGAUGUGGAUCCUUUCCCUCAAGCCCUAGAGGAAGACGAACCCCAAUCGACUGCGGAGACUAAACCCAAGAGCACCAAAAGUGUCUCCAUAACUGUGAAACCAGUGGCUGAAAUCCCAGAAGAUUCUCUCAGCUUCUCUAGCGUCGAGUUUCCCCUGGAGGAACCAGAGUGGGGAAUUACAGAUGAUCAUCCUGAGAAAGAUGAUGUUGUACACACAAAUCCGGACGUCGGAAGACAUGAUGUGGAAGUGCCAGUUGCUCCUAUCAGGAAAAAGGAUCGAUCCCAGGCAAAGACAUGUCUGGACCUGACGCCUCUGACACCAGUUGAUUUAAUUAUGCAAGAAAAAGAGGAAGCUGGUGUAAAGGAAAAACGAGAAGAAGAGGAAAAAGAGACUGCGUCGCCGGUGGAGACUGCAGACGAAGGCGAUGGAGAGGAAUCCAUCCCGCUCUCAUCUGAAGUUACUUUAUCAGAGAAUGAGCCUGGGUCCUCGCAAACUAAAGCCAUAAAAGACAGUGGUGAAAGAAAUCUUCUAGAUACGGUCGAGGGGCAAGAAACUGAAAUGGUGGAAGACAAAACACGUGCAACAGAUGCAAAACAAACUGAAGCAGGGGAUGCAGCUAAUAAUUUAGCAGAAUCACCUGAAGCCGAGGUCAAUUCAGAGGAACCGACUGAGUCAGCUAAAGCCAAAAGACAAUGUGUGAUCCUCUAGUCCAGUCAGAGUGGCUUCAGUCCAUUUAUUGUAACAUGCAUUUGCUAAUUUGUUCAUUGGACGCUUCAUAAUCAAGGUGUCCUCAGUACGACAGGUGCUAACAGCACAUUUGAGAGGACGUUAGGAUCACAGGCAUAGGUAAAAGGAUGAAAGUGCACGUGUCUGUGUUUGUGUGAGGCUAAGCUGGAUCUUCAGCUAUAAAUAAGCCUCACUGGCUGUUAACCUGACACCUCGACUCAGCUGAGAGUCCAUGUACCCGCUUGGAAACAGUGAAAUACAUGAGAGUGCUCACUGGCAUGAUGAACUAUCUUCUAACUUUGUUCAGUGUUUCCAGAGAUGAUCAUGAUUGCAUUUUUUCCUAAAUUAAAACAAAUGUUUUGAGUG